GUUUCCCGAGUCGGACUGCAGGGUCACCGCGCCCAUCUCUGUUCUCUGAUGGCCGGAUGAGAAGUAGAAGUGGAGAAAACUGUUCCUUACAGGAAAACCGACGGGAAGUGGCGGCCGUCUGACUCGCACCCUGAUCAAAAAAUUGUCCCACGGACUUAAAUGAGAAACAAACUCGACGCCGCAAUUGAGAUAUCCUGUCGACAUCUUUCCAAGGCGGUUUUUUAGUCCUCGCCUCCUGCACCGAAAUUGUUUGAGAGCUUGAAGUCGUCCGUGAAGCGCCGCUCCUCCGACUCAGGCUAGUUAGCCUAGCUCGUUCUUGCUCGUUGAUGCGUGGAUUUGACAGAAACACGGCGUUUUCUUUCGGUCAAUGCCAUAUACAGCAAGGCCAACUACGACUGAAUACAGAUCAGUGCGUGUCCCUGCAGUAGGAGUGAGGAAGAGCUUUAAAAGAAGAAAAUGGGUGAAUUGGAUCAGUUACGCCAGGAGGCCGAGCAGCUGAAGAACCAGAUCAGAGAUGCGAGGAAAGCCUGCGCAGAUGCCACAUUAUCACAGAUAACAGCCAGCAUCGACCCUGUGGGGAGAAUCCAGAUGCGCACGAGGCGAACACUGAGGGGACAUCUGGCUAAGAUCUAUGCUAUGCACUGGGGCUCUGAUUCCAGGCUGCUGGUCAGUGCAUCCCAGGAUGGUAAACUCAUUAUAUGGGACAGUUAUACUACAAACAAGGUCCAUGCUAUCCCACUGCGUUCAUCCUGGGUGAUGACUUGUGCCUACGCUCCCUCAGGAAAUUACGUGGCCUGUGGAGGCCUAGAUAACAUUUGCUCCAUCUACAGCCUGAAGACUCGCGAAGGCAAUGUGCGCGUCAGCCGUGAGCUGGCUGGACACACAGGAUACCUUUCCUGCUGCCGCUUCCUUGAUGACAACCAGAUUGUCACAAGUUCUGGAGACACCACAUGUGCUCUCUGGGAUAUAGAGACUGGUCAGCAGACAACCACUUUCGCAGGUCACACUGGAGAUGUGAUGAGCCUGUCCCUGGCUCCAGAUUCAAGAACCUUCGUGUCUGGAGCUUGCGAUGCCUCAGCUAAGCUGUGGGAUGUGCGCGAGGGCAUGUGCAGACAGACCUUUACCGGCCACGAGUCCGACAUUAACGCCAUUUGCUUCUUCCCUAACGGUAACGCGUUCGCCACCGGCUCGGAUGAUGCUACUUGCCGGCUAUUUGACCUGCGUGCAGAUCAGGAGCUGAUGGUUUACUCGCACGACAACAUCAUUUGUGGCAUCACUUCAGUGGCUUUCUCCAAGAGCGGCCGCCUGCUGCUCGCUGGCUAUGAUGACUUCAACUGCAAUGUUUGGGACAGCUUGAAGGCUGACCGUGCAGGUGUGUUGGCUGGCCAUGACAACCGUGUGAGCUGUCUGGGUGUGACUGAUGAUGGCAUGGCUGUGGCUACAGGGUCCUGGGACAGUUUCCUCAAGAUCUGGAACUGAUCUCAGAAGGUGCUUUCAACACGUCCGACACAAUGUCAUUUGAACUCCAAAGUUGACUGGAAGACCAUUCCAACUCUAGAAUGUUAAAUUUCACAGCAUCGUCAACAACAAAACUGACUCAGACACCACCACGAAAAGAAAAAACUUCUAAGGAAAAACAAUGCCUUUCCUACACAAAGAAGAGCACAAUUUGUUCUAUCACCCACCUUAAAAAAAAAAAAAAAAAAGAAAAGAAAAAAACGACAAAGAAUUCCUGUGGUAUCAAAAGAAUAACUUUUGUGCAUUCCCUUUUAGACCAUUCUGUGUCAGCCUGACAAACACUAUCAUCCCAUGCUUAUGUAUCAUGUGUCUAGAAAGCAAAUGUUGGAGUGUAAUUGUACAAAUUAUUUAACUUUUAUUUCUUUUUAGACUUUUAUCGGGCUCUUUGUUAUUCGUGGAUUAUUUUUUUUUUUCUCCUUUCAUAACAUUCUUUUUAGAUACGUUCCUAAAGAAAAUAAAAACCCUUUUAAUUCUGUAAAA